ACACGAAACGGGUCGGUUCGGAAUCGCUGCUGUUGCAAGCGAGCAAAAAAUUAGUGUAAAUGCGGAAUUCGGUGGCUAAUUUUGCGUGAAAUUGGUUUCGCGGUGUGCAAAGAGGGAUCAAUAUACGUGGUGAAGGUUGGUCCGGAAGUUCGUCCCCAGCGCCCCAGAAGAUUCUUGUGCAGUGGAUGUAGAGGAAGAAAAAAAAAGUCAUUUGUUGCUUCGAUGGAGGUGUAUUUUUCUGUGCAUACUGGAGUAGUUCGUACAGGAAAGGGGUGGUAACGAGGUGUUAUACAGAGUGCAUAGCCUACUAGGUCUACACUACUACUACACUACAGCUGCUGGUGCUGCAGCUGUUGAUAGUAUUACUAUAUUAUUCGUUGGGGUAUUGUGUGGCUCUCGCUUGAAGCACAGCAGCAGACGAGACGGAGAACACGCUUGGCUCUCGAGGAUUACUCAAGGACUACCUGGAAUAAGCACCGUGACGACGCGAUUGCCUUUUCUAGCCAAGCCCAGGAGAAGGACAGAAGCGUUCUUCGCAGGAUCGUGAGGAUAGAGCCCAGCUGGGAUGGAAGACGCAGUGAAACAGUGAUUAUUUCUACAAAUUGGCACCACAACGGCAAUCUCCAAUUCCCCGUACCAUCUGCGCUCGAGUACACAGAUAUACUUCUGAUGGCGUUCAAUGCUGGGUGAAGGGCAUCAUCUGUGCGCUUCCUUCGCCAUCAUCGUAAUCACAAUCACCACCAUCAUCAUCGUCAUUGCCAUCGUCAGCAGCAGCAGAGGCAGCAGGUGUUGAUUCCGCGAAGAUAUCGAUCAAAGCUUAGCCUGCAGCAAACACAAACAGCCAACGGGAACACAAUGUUGUCUAGCUGUUGAAGAAGCAUCCAACAAAACAACAACAACAACAACCAGAGGAAGAGAAGAACCCGGCAGAACGGCAGAUAAACCGACGCAACUAUAAUUAACACGCGACAAGGACCCUCCGAAAUACAGAGCGCGACCAGACGCGAAUAAUAAUCCACCAUGUCGGAGACUACAUCCAACCACCAGCGGUCAACAUCGUUCACGACGAUGCCCCCGGUUCUGACUGAGAGCCAGAAGGGAUCGAUAGAGGACAUCCAGAUUUCGCUGGCCCCCUACAUACAGAGUUAUCUGACCCAAACGGAGCGAAGGCAUUCCUGUUGCAGCGUGAUGCUGCCGGUGGCAUUUGAGCGGGCCGCACCGCGUUCGUGGUUCGAUCCACGGUUCGAUUCACCCGUGCUGGAGGGACAGUACCAGGCGAGCGUCUUUCCACAGAUAAGGCUGAAAUUCAGAUUCGCACUAUUCUAUAUUCUGCUCUGCUCGCUGGUAUGGUUUCUGUACUUUCUUUUCGACGGAGGGCCAACUCACUACACCCUGCUGACCGUAUCGAUAGGUCUCAUUAUCGUGUUUGGCCUUGUGGGAAUGUGGCUCACCCACACCGACGCGUAUCGGGCCUACACGAACAUGAUAUCAUCCUCGUGUGCGGUUCUGCUGUGUAUGUUCUCACUGUUCCUGUUGCUUUUCACCGAUCAGGCACUCAGUCCGCUGGGGCACUUCUCGAUCUGUAUCGAGAUUGUGAUGCUGAUCUACACCAUAAUUCCGUUGCCGCUGUGGCUGUGCUGCAGCAUAACGAUGGCCUAUUCGAUGUGCUUCGAAGUGUUCUCCUUCUUCCAUCAGGCCCAUCACUAUGCCCAACAACAACAACAACCCACGGCUCACGAAGGUUUCGAUGGGUUCGAUCGGACGAGUAAUAGUUCGGUGUGUAAAAUUAUGAUCAUUCGAGUGUUGCUUCAGUUGUGUGUCCACCUGUUGGGGGUGCAUAUUCUGAUAAUGACCGUCGUUCGAAUGCGGGGCACCUUUAUGAAAGUGGGCCAGAAUUUGCUGGUCCGAAGGCAGCUGGAAAUGGAGAAGCAGCUGAAGGAGAAAAUGAUACACUCGAUGAUGCCUCCGAAGGUGGCGGAUUUGCUGCUGAAGGAAAGUGGCAGCGUCGUCAAGGGAAUGAGCUUCGAUCGGUGUCCCACGCGGAGGCCGACACCUUCCGAUCUGAAGAGUUUGUUUCGACCGUUCCACAUGAACAGUAUGGAGAACGUGAGCAUUCUCUUCGCGGAUAUCGUCGGCUUCACGAAGAUGUCCUCGACGAAAACGGCCGAGCAGCUGGUGGAGAUUUUGAACGAUCUGUUCGAACGAUUCGACGAUCUUUGCCUGAUGAAUGGAUGCGAGAAGAUUUCUACGCUGGGGGAUUGUUACUAUUGUGUGUCCGGAUGUCCGGAACCCCGGCCGGAUCAUGCCAUCUGCUGUGUGGAGAUGGGUUUGGGGAUGAUCGAAUCGAUACGGGUGUUUGACGCCCAGCGACAGGAAGGAGUCAAAAUGCGGGUCGGAGUACACACGGGUACGGUCCUGUGCGGGAUUGUAGGGACCAAGCGGGUGAAGUUCGACGUUUGGAGCAACGAUGUGACGCUAGCGAACAAAAUGGAGUCCCGCGGUCGACCGGAUCAGGUUCACGUAUCGGAAGAAACGUGCAGCUUUCUUGGUGAUUCGUACAUCAUCGAGGAGGGUGGAGUGGUAGACGGUCAUCGUACGUAUUUCGUGCUGGGCAAAAAGCUGGAUCAGACCGGUUCGCUGACCGAAGGCUUCUCGGUUUGCGAUCUACCGGGGGAGGAUGGUCACCUGCUGGCUUCGACACCAAUGAAUGGAGAUCGCGACUCACGCGAUCACCCCACCCUCGGGAUGAAUUGUCUUUCACAAAGUGCGACUAACCUCUCCACAGAGCAUCCGGCGGUUCCGCCAGCAUCCCCCGCUGGUCCCGUCUCAUCAUCGUUGAAUCCUUCGCCCGUUUCGAGUCCACGGCCUCGGCUGGCUUCGCUUUCGAAGAUGGGUAAAUUCCUCAAAGGUCAAGGUACCAAGGGUCACAACCAGAGGGGGGGCACUGUGGACGUGGAGCGGCCUAGAAUCGUGGUUAGCACCAAGUCUAUUCCGAAUGGGAUCGAUUCGGACGAGGGCGAUGAGGACGCCUCAGUGGCGAUAGCCAACGAGAAGGGGUCUAAGUUUAAGAGUUGGAAAGUAAGUAAGCUGUUGAAGAGGAUGGAUCUGGCAACGGUGAAUGGUGGGGGCGUUGCCACCGCAGAGUUGGUGGAGAGCAAAGACUGUGAUAAUAGUAGAAAAUGUGAAGAAGUGCCAUGUGUUGUAGAGCAGAGUAGCGGCGGCGGCUACCAGCAGUUACCAAUCGUGAUCGUCACCCCGAGACCGAGCUGCCACACGUUGGACGUGUCGGGUUGCUCGGUCCAGGGGGGUGGACGACUACUGCGCGAUCGGGAGGGCUCGAAAUCGGUCAGUGCCGGCGGUGGAACUGACAACAACUCGAAUCUUAGUCAAAAUUCCGUGUUCGACGACAUAAUCGACGUGCGGUCGUACAUUUCCCAAAGCCGGAGUGAUAUUUCACCGUUCGCGAGAACCGGCAGUUAUCGGUCCCAGUGCGAGAAGGCUUGUCUCGUGACGGAAGCUCCCAGUGGGAGACCCCGAAGUUCAACGAUAGCGACCAACAGUAUAGACCUGAACAGUAGGAACAGUUCGAUCUGUCCCAGUGCGAGAUUACUGUGCGACGGAGCCAGUCUGUGUCCAUCGGCGACGUCACGGAAGGAUUCCGGUAUCCGUUCGAAUAGCAGGCGCUCGAGUAUACAGCACCAAAUCAUGCUGAUGAACCAAAGUGCCGCCCUUUCGGUCCAUCGUGUGUCCGGUUAUUUUACCAGUUCCCAAUCUAGUCUAUCGGUGGUUGCGGCAGCGGCUGCGGCGGCUGCCGUCAACAACGAACCGGUCAUUGCGCUCAAAUCGAACGGUGACGUGGGUGAUCUGCAUUGUGUGAUCAAGGAGCACCAUCCAGAUCCGCUAGCCGCCUGUCUCCAACAACUACGCAAACAAUCCGAUCUGCAGCUGAUCCGCUGCGUUCGGGAUAACGCUCGUAGCCAACGGAGUUACCUCGUAAAACCUCCUCUGCUGCCGAUCUCACUCUUCUUCAAAUCUCGCCAGAUGGAGCAGGAAUUCCGUUCGAAGGCCCACCGCUUCGGGAGCGAAUCGGAACUCGAAGGUGGUCCGCCAACAUUGGCCACUCCCAAGUACAACACCUACAUCGAUAUCUUUAUCUCAUUCCUAAUCUAUCUGGCGACCUCGACGUCGCUCUUUCUGCUCUCACCCUCGGUCUAUCUGGAAUCCUACAAAGUGUGGGUCUGCAUUUUUAUGGUGUUCAGCACGGUGCAGUUGUUCACUCUGUUCGUGUGCACCAAACAUGUUUGCCGAAGGACCCAAAAAUUCUCCCAUCGAUCGCGAUCGGUCACCUCGCAGCAGCUGCGACACGGUUCGUUCCUCCGGCUGAAUUGGUACCCUUGGCACAUCUGCGGAGCGGUACUGAUGUCCCUGCCGGUCGUGUCCAUCUUGACCAACUUUGCCAUGAUGGAUCUGAGCAAGUUCCAGGUGUUUGAGUUCCACUACGGGUUUCUGAUGUUCAUUUGUGUGAUCCAUUUCUGUAACUUCACCCAACUCAACUGUUGGAUGCGUAAUUGCUUGGCCCUGGUGACAUCGGCGGCCUUCAUUGGGAUCGCCGUCGGGCAUAUGGUGGAACUGAGAGGUGAAGAGUUCGGGGCGCGUGAGACAACGAAUGGAACGAUCGUGGCGGUUGAUCUGCACCGGGCCCAGUUCGAUUGGUUCAACGAUUAUCGGGUCGAGAUCUACGUGGAUCUUUUCCUGCUGCUGGUGCUGGUGUGGUUCCUGAAUCGGGAGUUUGAGAUUAGCUAUCGGUUGAGCUUCUACGGGAGUGCGGUGGCCAACCAGGACAAAAUACGGGUACAGAACAUGAAGAACCAGGCGGACAUGCUGCUGCACAAUAUCAUUCCAAAGCAUGUGGCUGAGCAGCUGAAGAACACGGCCAAGUACUCAGAGAAUCAUCGAAACAUCGGGAUCAUAUUCGCAAGCAUCGUCAACUUCAACGAGAUGUACGAUGAGUCGUACCUGGGCGGGAAGGAAUAUCUACGGGUACUUAACGAGCUGAUCGGAGACUUCGACGAAUUGCUGGCGCGGCCGGAGUUUCGCUGUGUGGAGAAAAUCAAGACAAUCGGUAGCACUUUUAUGGCGGCCUCCGGUUUGGAUCCAAGCUGCCGGGGGGAGGACAACGAGCAUCUGUUCACGCUGCUGGAUUUCGCGAUCGCGAUGCAACAGGUGGUCGACUCCUUCAACCGGGAUCUGCUCGAGUUUGAUCUGAUCAUGAGGGUGGGGUUCAACUUUGGGGACGUGACGGCUGGGGUGAUCGGCACGAGCAAGCUGUACUACGACAUUUGGGGUGAUGCGGUCAAUGUGGCCUCGCGGAUGGACUCGACGGGCGUCCCGGGACGGAUACAGCUGGGCAGUGCGUGUGUGCCCGCCAUGUCGGAACGGUACGAUUUCGAGCCCCGCGGGAAGGUCUAUGUGAAGGGGAAGGACCACAUGGAGGUGUACCUGCUGGUGAGCAAGAAGCCAGAUCUGCUGGGACCACCAGAGUUAGAUAUAGAUCCAAUGUACGACGAACGGGCCGGCGUUGGUCGGUAGGCGGACGGUAGUAGAAAUCCCGUUGCAUACUCCUCCGCAGUUCCGGGUUUACUCGAGGUUUAGGUUUCGAGUUGUUGUUGUUGUUGUUUCCGGGUGAAAAGGUAUAUUUUGGAGUUUGAACUGUUGUGAUGUAAACAUUGUGUUUAGGUUCAUUUGAUCGAUUUCAUUGACAGGUUUUUUUGACGUGUUUCGAACGGCUCACACCGUUCGACCAAAGUUUAACAAAUGACGAUACAGUGAACCAGUCAAUGCAAACCUACAUUUGUGGGGUCUAUAAUAUCACCUAUAUUUAUGGAAUUAUUUAUAGAAUGCAUGGUUGGAAAUGAUUAUUGCGCUAAAACUCAUCUCUCAAGUUUCCUAAAAGCAAUUGGAGUUAAAACUCCUCUCAGAGCAGCCAGACUCAACAAGCGGCCCGCGGGUCGACUGCGCUCCUCCUGGCUUUCAAACUGUUUCGUAUGUGUAACAAUCACGAAAACAUAAGAAAUUAUUACGUCUUUCAGUAAUGGUGCCAAAUCGGAAAGCAGGAAACGUUUUUUUGAAAUAGAUAUAGCAAAUCUCGUCUUACGUCUAAUCGUCUUACGGACAAUGCGGAUAGAGAAAAUAUUGCAAUUUAAGCUCCGUCCAUUUCAAAUUUAUCAAUUAUAAACAAGUUUUUCGCUAUUUCUAAUCACAACAUUCACGAUUCAUCAGUUAUCCAGUUAGUGAUCAGACGGCAGCGAGGUUUCCCCAAGGGCCUUUCGCAUGACCGAGAGUUUUAAACUGUGAGUGAGAAUGAUGAUCAUGUUUUGGAUUAUAGAGGAUUUAGAAUUUCGCAAAAAAAGAACAUUUUCAAUUACAGUCUAGAAAAAGCCCCAAUUUAUGAAUAAAAAUUAUAGGAGGUUGUGUCCAAGAUACGACCGCAUUGUUGACGUAGAACUACGCUGUUAUUUUAUAUAAGUCGCUUGUUUAUACCUUCGAAUAUUAUUCUAUAAUGCUGUGAAAUUUUAGAAACAACUGCUUAGUAGAAUAAUCUCUGAAAUGAUUUUUUCAUUGUAGAAUCAGUUGACGAUAAUUGAUUGAUGAUUCAUUCUUGCCCUCGCAAAACAAUACACUAGCUGAUCGUAUGUCGCAAUUUAUCUCAUGUCAAUGCAUUGAAAAUUUACCUCGAAGGCUGUUCCGGUGGCCUUUUUCGAAAUUGACAUAGACUCGGCUACAGUUGAUUAUAUAGAUGUUGCACCAGCGCCAUUAUUCCAUAUCUCAUAACUACUUCAAUAUAUCUUUGGCACCGCAUGUAAACAACAACAAUGACAACACUUGCUUUGAUACUUGAUAUCAUGCUACAUGUUAUUUAGUGUUGCCUCAAAGGAAUCGCACCUCCAGAUAUCGUUCGUACAAACUAAGCGUAAACCAAGCGCCAAACAAGCGUUCACCAUUGCAUGCAUACAGACUUGAAACUACUAGCAAUAUAAACAUUUCUCAUCAUUUUGCGCUAUUCUCAAAAGAAACGCUUCUGUUAAUAUUACUGACCUCGAAAAGAGUUGCAUUACUUUCUCAUGCUCGAGAUAAGCGCAGCUGUCUCCCUUAGUGGAGGAAGUUUUGCUACUGGCAAGCAAAACCUAAUCACAUACAAAAUUCCAGAACAUUUACUUUCUUGAUGACUAAACAAGAGAAAUAAACUCUUUUUGUUAAUAACAAACUCGAAAACAGUAGCAAUGCUUCAUUAUGAUCAAUAUUAGCGCAAAUGCAAUCCUAGUUGAAGGCAGUUCUGCGACUGGCACGCGAACCCAAAUAACUUAUAACAUUCCAGUAAGAUAUUCAAGAUGCUUAGUAUUCCCAAAUAAUUUUUUGGUGCACAACAUUAACGUCUGCUUCGCCAUAACGUCAGUUUAAUACAUUGAUGCAUUCUCAAAGGCACAAACGAAGCCCUUAUGAAGACGGAAAAUAAACAAUGUUAACUGCUUGGAAAAAGACCGAAUUAUGCCACACAGCUUGUACUCUGCCGUAACACCCAUCGAUGCGAAUUCGCUGAUGAGUUUGUCAAGAGCGACCGCCUUCACCACCAGCGGGGGGAGCUUGAUUUUGGUUGCUGCCCUGGCGUUAACCUUUUCGAUCGACGCGCCGAAAUCGCCUACUUCGCUGUUGUUCGGUGCGGUGUCACAUUCGCGAAGGCUCGGUUCAGUGCGAGCGCUUUUCACUGCACCAACACCGCGUGCAUCAUUAGAUGACGCUUACCUCGAAAUUUUAUUGCCCCUGGCAAUGCGUUCGUUUUUUACAGGGCUCGAGCCUGCCUUCCUCUUCUUUUUGCUCAUCGCACACUACGCGAAGCGUCCAAUUUAUGACGCGGAAAGAAGAACACACGAUACGAAUAACGCGAAAAACGAACAGAAAAAUCAAACGACGAUUUCCAAGUUGGAUUAGCACAGCGAAAGCAAAGUGAACUGGAUUACUCAACAGUCCGAUGCCGAAUGAAAGUUUGCCUCAGCGAGAUCCACUGUUUAUACUCUAGGCAAGUAUUCCCCUUCAUUCUUCUUCUUUUCCUUUGUUCACGGAGACUUAAAAUCCUACGAUUUCCCCUCCGUUGGUCGUCGAUAAGUUGCUCGUUAUUGAUAGCUCUGUUCGGGAAAGCACUCAAAUGGACAGAACAAAUGUAUGGGAAAAUAGAAACGCUUAAAGUUUUCAUGAAUUUUAACCAUUUACUAACAAGGGGAUUCUAAUGUAUGGCAUAUUAAAAAAAAUUCCUAUUCGUUUAGUAUGUAAAUCGCCAAAAUCCGUUCACGACAAAAAUAGUUAUUAACGUUAACUUUAUUUCAUAAAAACGUGACCUGUUUUCUGAUUUGACACCCUUAAUGAAAGACGUAGUUUUACGUCAAAAAAAAUGCUAGACUAAACUCUGAGUAAACUCGCUAGCAGCAGACAACGGCCUUUCUCAAAGCUGAUGUCACACACAGUGGUUUUCUUCGUGCACAGUGGUGAAAUUUUGUUCGGCGGAGGCGCCUCGUCGAUUUUCAUGCCGUCUGGAAGAGAGUGCUUCUGCAUUUUUGCACCACAUUAUUUUUGUAUCUGUACUUGGGUGUAUGUUUCAAAUUUUGAAAACAUAAACGUUACGUUUGGGAUGCAAGGAUUUGAUCGUUGAUAUCUCUUAGCCGGCAUGACACUCACUUAAUUCGAAAAUAAAUGUGCACACCAAAAAUUGAUUUUUAGCUCAUAUGUUUUGUCAUCCCGAUUUAUGACUUUAAAUGAGACAUAACAUAACAGAAAAUGUCAUGACUCACAAAUACUGAUAAGCAUUUGUAUAAUAUACAUUGUUACGAUUUACUCUGGUGCGGCUGCUCUCAGCCCCCGAGGAUAUAAUCUACUGGUUCCGGAAGGGAAUGCAAUCAAAGCCCCUCGGCCUUAUCUAUGACCGUACAGGGGUGGGCGCGAAAGGCCUCUUUUGGGACCUCGGGUCUCAGGGUCGUCGUGUGAGUUGUGUGGGAAAGCUUUCGGAUUUGGGUUAGCGAAAAGAAGUAAUUUUCAGAUUAAUGAACAAUAUUUAUUGACUCACGGAUCCUUCUCCGGUUACUGGUUGAUAUCGGUCUUCUACUCGAUUGGUGGCGGGUGGUGUUCGGCUACGGCGUGGUCGGGAAUGGCGUCGACGAGGUGGUCCAUGUGGGAUAACGGUGAUCGGCAGCUGACGUGAUGUGAAGUGGCAACCUCCUUGUCGUCCUUGGUGGUUAACGAGGUGAGCGUGACGAAAAACCUCGUGACAACUGGCCUGCGUAGCUCCUUUACGGUGAGCCGUACCAGCACGGGGCUGAUGAGGGCGAGACAGGCACACUCUUUUCGCUGGUCCUUGGCGUUUAGCUGAACACCUUGAUGAUCAGCGACCAGGGUUAUUUUAACCGGUUUCACCGCUUAAUAUGUCGGAUUCACAACGUGGUAUUACACACCGAGAUAAUAGAUAGACUUGAAAAAAAACUUAGAUCGGUUCGAUCGGUCUGCACGCUUCCGCGGUCGAAACCCAAGAGGCCUCAAUUCCUCUCCAAUUCCUUUCUCGAACCUCCUCCUUUCCUUUUUCCCGAAUUCUUCCGUUCCAACCAUUCCAAUCUGUCAUCCAGUCCUGCUCAUCGUAGCCACCUAGUGGUUAUUUCCACCCAACCACCCAUCAUGGCGGGGAUUCAAAAUUUAAUAGAGUUUUUCCCUUGAUUUGGGAUCCCCAACUUUUGCUUUCGUCGAACAUUGUUUUUCACCUUCAAACACCACUCCCGUAAACCAAAUAUUGAGAAUCAAAUUUUCCUUUUUUAUUUGAGGUUCUAAUUGUAACAAUAUAUGGUUACAACAUGGUACAGCAAUAUAAGAUUAAUACGAGCGAGCGAAACAAAAGACAAAUAAGCUUUCCGCUUACAUUGCCACAUACACGGCCAUGACCAAGAUAGAUAUUGUUCUCCUUCAUGCGCUCCUUUAUUACUCUUAGAAAACACUUCCCAACUUCAUUUUAUAAUCAGGUGCAAUAUUAGUACGUAUUUCCUGAAAAACUGCUGAAGCAUCAUCAGCCAUGUGGAUAGCGUGGUCGUGUAAAAUAGAUUUGCAUUCCAGCCGGCUUUGGUUCGAUCCCCAUUGACGUCGGCUGGACUUUUUUUUGGCACAAAUGAAAUGAGAAAAGAAAAUAGAAAGAGAUGUCUGCACGCAUGCAUACAAACCAUUUUUAAGCUUUUAAAACAGCUCAUUAUUUGUGCAUUUGACUCUUCAGCACACUAAAUGGCAUCAUUUCUGCUAAAGGUGACAUGCCUUCUGCUAAUGCUAGUUUGGGUGUAUGAGUGAUGUUUGUUAUUUACCGACCCGAAAACUUGUUUCUCUAGCUCAAAAACAGUUUUGAUAGUAAACGAUUGAAACAAAAAUAAUACAAACAAAUAAAUAUGGGUACCGUAAACCAGCAAUUCGGUGCAAUUUCCCUGAUGUCGGUGAUUGGCACUGAAGUGGCGGAAAUAGGCCGACGAAAAAUAAGCGAAGAUAAAAAAAAAUUAAUAUUUUCAAUAUUUUCUGUUGAAUUUAUACCCAAUUAUUGACGUAAAAUUUUGGCGAUUUACAUAUCAAACGAAUCGUAAAUUCUUUUUUGUUUGUUAUUAU